UCCACACUCCUUGACAUUUCAACUGUGGCUGUGCUCGAGUCAUCUUAUCCAGAACCAAAAAAAAAAAAUAGACAGUACACAGUACAGGAUAGAAACACAUUGCAAUCUGUAGUUACUGUAUUGGCUAAUUAUUAUCUAGUGUAGUAACAUGGGGAAGUAUAGUGUCUUGGCUGCAUGUCAGCAGCUCUGAAGAGUCUCUUCUGAAGCUCGUCCUCUGACCCUGCUGGACUGAAGUCUACCAAACCUGAGACACCUCUGGAAUGAGUCUGUAACUCUUCACCCACUGGACGUCUUUCUCUUACAAUCAAGACAUACUUCUUACCAAAAACAAGAGUUGAAUGAAAGGAACAAUGAACACCACGACCACACCACCAGUGAGAACCACCAACUCGUCUGUCAACCCAGAUGUGUGUGUUACAAUUGGCAAGAGCGCCAUCAGUGACUUCCUAAUGUCUGUCUACAUCCUGGCUUUUAGCUUCGGUUUGAUCUUCAAUGUGCUGACCCUGUGCCCUAUUUGGCAGCAAAUGCGGCGACAAAAUGUUCUGGCCAUCUUCCUGCUCAACUUGUCCAUCUCUGACAUAUUUUUCCUUCUCACUAUGCCUCUUUGGAUCAAUUAUUAUCGGUAUGACCACAACUGGAAGCUAGGUGUCAUCUCCUGCAGUAUAGCUGGCUUUUUCUACUACUCCAACAUGUACAUCAGUAUCUACCUGCUCUGCUGUAUCUCUGUAGACCGCUGCCUGGUGGUCACCUACCCACUCCGCUCCAAGACCCACCGUACAUCACGCUAUGCCUGGGUACAGUGUAUCAUUGUUUAUAUUGUAGUGGCAACACUACACAUUAUGGUACUGGUCAAUGACGAUCUCAAAGAUGCCCAUGAUGACAUAAACAAAAAUGACCGUUGUUAUGAGACUUACCCCAUGAAGGAACCGGUCGCCUUGUUCAAUUUGAUUAGAGUGGGCAUUGGCUUCCUGCUGCCCCUGCUGGUGCUGACGGUGAGCUACUGGAAGGUGCUAGCCACCGUGGGCCAGAGUCCUGGCCUAACUGCCCAGGCUAAGAGGAAGGUCCGCCUGCUGUCCUUUGGGGUGAUUGGGAUCUUCUCGGUUUGCUUUGCUCCAUAUCACAUUCUCCUUCUUGUACGCUCACUGAUCUUCUACCAAAGUGAUGAUAUUUCUCCACAAGGACCUUACUGUCAGUUUGAACAAAAGAUGCACUUUUUCUUCUCAUGCACGCUGGCGAUGUCCAGUCUGAACUGCGUGGUGGACCCUGUGCUUUAUGUGCUGGUCAGUAACGGAGUCCAGGAGGAGGCGAGACUGUGCUGGAGGAGGCAUAAAAGGACACAGACUGAUACAGAUUGUGCUUUGACUGCGUACAACAGAGGAAAGUCGAAUAAUAAUUUAAUAUGAAAAGUUAGCUGUAUGUGGGUGGUCAAGUGCACCUGUGUAUUUGUAUGCAUAUGUAUGUGUCUGUAUAUGCAUAUAUAUACAUGAUUAUGCAUAAUUCUGUCGCUAUUUAAACACGUCUUCAUUUUCAGAGUUAGCAAGUAAGUAGCAGGAUUAUUUACAUGCCAUAAUCAACCCUCCUUGUACAGACAAUCAACAUCCUUUAAGAGGACCACAUUGCCUCCAUUGUCUGUUAUUCCCCCCCUCACAUCCUGCACAGUGUAGAGGACAGGGUUGAAUAACAUGCAUCUCAGAGCUCUGUAAUUGGAUUGCACUGCCAGGUUCUACUCUCCCAAGAGUUCUUCAGUGGCGGCCACUUCUGGUUUGUGGUUGGACACUGCCAGAGUUGAAGAGCCCUUGUGUUUUCUCUCCAAUCUAUACAAGAAUAUUGUGAUUAUGUGACCCUGGUAUAGCUAAAAGUGCAUUAACUCCAACGCAUGCCAUAAAACAUAUUUAUUAGCAUGACUGUGUGUUUAUCUGGAUGUCAGUGAAACAUGUUGAGUGUAAAUUCAAAUAAAACGGAUGGUUUGCACAGGUGCUCGAGUUUUAGGUUGUUUAGUUUAUGCAGAAAAUAUGUGAUGAUCAAUUUUGCAUUUGGCAAUUUAUACAUUCCCACAGGGAGGAAAAACCUUGGGAGAUGAUAAGCUCAUCCACGCACUUUGCCAUUACCGUCGCACAUAAAGGUAAUAAUAAAUCCAGCACAGCUGUGUGCUGCACAUGUUUCAAGUGGGCAAAGGCUGCAAUCAGACCUGUGUGACUGAAAGAGACGUGCAGAGACACACAGAGAGAUUUCGUCUCUGAGUUGUGUUUGAGGUUGUAUUAAAAUGUUUCCUGGCAAUGUCAACAUUUUUUCAAGACAAUGACGUGAGGAAAAGGUGAUGCAUUUACAGUGAAUCCAACCUGCAACAGAAAGGAGGGGAUGAAUCAAUAACAUUAAGGCUGUUAUUGCUUUGUUUUAUAUUUUGUCUAUUAUUCAUACAGAGUCUCUCUCAUGCAUCAACAGAACUCUGUAGGGCACGUCAAUACAUCACCAGCUGAGCACUUGGCAUAUAACCAAUAUGAAUCCCAUAGUUGUCAAGGUUUGUACAACCAGUUCUCAUUCUUUAAAAGCCUAUAUUGCUGAGUCCUUGGUAUGGUGUAGUGCAAAGCUGUCUCCUGAAUACGAACUCAUAUAACAUGUUUUGCCUAAUGCGCUCAAGUGGUAAUGUAAUUGCAACCUGAAUUAUGUUUACUGGCAAUGUUUAUUCCAGACCACGAUGAAAGGGUAAUGUUGGGAAACAAAUUAGAUUGCGUGAGUGCAUAAACAAUUUGCUGAUA